AUGGUUUCCAUAAAAGGACUGGAAGAAGCCGUAAAAAGCAGUUUGGAAGAUAAUGGUGCCCUGGGGCCGAUAAAAGCCUCGAUGAGAGCAGAGAUUUACAAAAUCUUAAAUGGAACUUCGACUAAAACGAAGAUUUCUAACGAAAAUUUGCUAAUUAAUAAUCUAAUUCUCGAAUAUUUAAAAUUUAACAAUUACAACACGAGUGCCUCAGUACUAACUUUAGAAAGCGGCCAGCCAGAUGUUGGCUUCAAUCGGGAUUUCCUCAAGUCCGAGUUCAAUAUCACCGAAAAUGAUCACACAGCGUCCGUGUUAGUCUUUAUUUUCUAA